UCUUGUAAAGACAGCUUGGAUAUGAUUUCCGUUAAUGAUUUUCGCGUUGUGGACCGAAUUCCUCGUGUGAUGAAUGUACCGGGAGUUUUUUCGGAAUUCGAGGUUGGUGAACAUGAUGAUGAAGGUGUAACCAGUCCUGUCGUGUCAAAACCACGACGAAUCAUUGUGGCGAAUCAGCUACCGUUAAAAGGGUAUAGAAAUCAAGAAACAAAAGGUUGGUUUUUUGAACUUGAUAGUGAUAGUCUUGUAUUGCACUUACAAGAUGGAUUUCCUGCUAAUUCAGAAGUUUGGUACGUGGGGUUAUUGAGGGUUGAUGUUGAAAAGGAAGAUCAAGAUGAGGUUGCAAACUUGCUAUUUUACAAGUUUAAAUGUGUUCCUGUUUUCUUGACUGAUGAUCAAGAGAACAAGUAUUAUCAUGGCUUUUGUAAGCAUUAUUUAUGGCCUUUGUUUCAUUAUAUGUUGCCUUUGUCACCUAGUCAUGGUGGUGUACGUUUUGAUAGGUCCCUUUGGGAGGGGUAUAUAGUAGUUAAUAGGAUAUUUGCAAAUAAAGUUACUGAGAUUUUGAGGCCUGAUGAGGAUUCUGUUUGGGUGCAUGAUUAUCAUCUUAUGGUGUUGCCUACUUUCUUGAGGAAGAGGUUCAACAGAGUUAAACUUGGCUUCUUCUUGCAUAGUCCGUUCCCGUCAUCUGAGAUAUAUAGGACUAUAACUGUUAGGGAGGAGAUUCUGAGGUCUCUUUUGAAUUGUGAUCUUAUUGGAUUUCAUACUUUUGAUUAUGCCAGGCAUUUCUUGUCAUGUUGUAGUAGGAUGUUGGGUAUUGAUUAUCAAUGCAAAAGGGGUUACAUUGGUCUAGACUACUGUGGUAAGACUAUCAGUAUCAAGAUCUUGCCUGGGGGGAUUCAUAUGGGACAGCUUGAGUCGCUUUUGAAUAUGGAGAAGACUGCUGCUUUGGCCAAACAGUUGAAGGAGAAAUUUGAAGGGAAAGUUGUGAUGAUCGGUGUGGAUGAUUUGGAUUUGUUUAAAGGUAUUAGCUUGAAGUUUGCAGCGAUGGGGAGACUUUUGGAAAUGCGGCCGGAAUUGGUAGGGAAAGUGGUAUUAGUCCAGAUUGCUAAUCCGGCCAGAAGUCAGGGUAAGGACGUGCAAGAAGUCCAAAAAGAAACCAGUCUCAUUGCUCAGCAGAUCAAUCAUAAGUAUGGUGACGAAGGUUAUCAGCCGAUUGUUUUCAUUAAUGGUCCAGUUAGCACUCUAGAGAAAGCAGCAUACUAUGCCAUAUCUGAAUGUUGUGUGGUUAAUGCUGUAAGGGAUGGGAUGAAUUUGGUUUCGUAUAAAUACACGGUUUGUAGGCAGGGGAGCCCUGUUCUAGACAAGGCAUUGGGGAUUGAUGAAUCGUAUCUAAGGAAAAGUUUCCUAAUUGUGUCAGAAUUCAUUGGUUGCUCGCCGUCUCUCAGCGGGGCAUAUCGUGUCAAUCCUUGGGAUAUAUGUGCUGUGGCCGAUGCCAUGUAUGUGGGUAUCCACAUGAAGGAUGAAGAGAAACAUUUGCGCCAUGAGAAGCACUAUAAGUAUAUCAGCUCUCACGAUGUUGCUUUUUGGGCGAGGAGUUUUGAUCAGGAUCUUGAGAGGGCUUGCAGAGAGCAUUAUCUCAAGAGGUAUUACAAUGUUGGAUUUGGUUUGAAUUUCAGGGUUGCUGCUGUGGGAACGAAUUUUAGGGUGCUUACGGGUGAAAGAAUCGCUGCUGCCUAUAACAAUACAAACAGCCGCCUAAUCCUUUUAGACUAUGACGGCACAAUGAUGCCACAGGCUGCUGUUGACAAGACACCUAGAAAUGAAGUUAUUUCAAUCUUGAAUUGCUUAUGCAGUGAUCCCAAAAACAUUGUUUUCAUCGUGAGUGGCAGAGGAAGGGAUUCUCUAAGCAAGUGGUUCUCUCCAUGUGAGAAGUUGGGUAUUUCAGCUGAGCAUGGUUACUUUACUAGGUGGACAAAGAAUUCUCCAUGGGAGACUUGCUCGGCGACAGUGGAUUGUGAUUGGAAAAAGAUUGUCGAACCUGUCAUGGAGCUCUAUACCCAGACAACUGAUGGGUCUUUCAUAGAGCACAAAGAAAGUGCUCUGGUGUGGCAUCAUCGAGACGCAGACCCUGAUUUUGGCAGCUGCCAGGCUAAAGAGCUUCUUGAUCACUUGGAGAGUGUCCUUGCUAACGAGCCUGUGGUUGUUAAAAGGGGCCAGCAGAUUGUCGAGGUGAAUCCACAGGGAGUAAGCAAAGGUGUAGUUGUGGAAAACCUUAUUUCAACCAUGCGAAGUAAGGGCAUGUCACCGGAUUUCCUGUUCUGCAUCGGCGAUGAUAGGUCAGACGAGGACAUGUUCGAGAGCAUUGCAAGACUUGUUGACAAUCUGUCAUUGCCACCCAUCGCAGAAGUGUUUGCCUGCACUGUUGGUCAUAAGCCUAGCAAGGCAAAAUACUAUCUUGAUGAUACGCCUGAAGUCAUCAAGUUGCUUCAAGGCCUUGCUACAGCAUCAGGAGGACCAAAGCAUGCACACACGCAGGAAGACGAGUAUGUCUAA